AUGCUCUUCACAAAGCCUGCCGUCCUGGCCUGCCUCGCCGCCACCGCCACCGCCAUCGACAUCCGCCAGUACUCAUCCGGCACGAACGGCUGCACCGGUGGCUACACCCGGUGCACCAGCAUCAACCCGGGAGUGUGCUGCUCUGCCAACAGCCAGUGGCCCAACCGGUCCCUCAGCUUCAACGCGAUCCCGAAGGAGUGGAGAGUCCACGCCACGGGCUACUGGCAGGAGGGCUGCACCGGCGACGUGGCGGGCUCGGGCAACAGCAACGGCCAGACCGACAUGUGCUUCCCCACGGCCAAGUACAGGGCCGGCAAGUACGUGUUUGUCGGCCGCAAGCGCGGCGGCGACAAUGAGGCGUCCGAGGGCCCAUGCCAGAAGCCGGACACGAUGGUCUUCCCAGAUGGUACCACGUUCGACCUCACCGGCCUUGACGAGCAGCAGUACGAUACCUUCAUGGCUGGAGGUUCCACCACCGGUAUCGAGAACCACUUCACGGCCUUCCGAGUUUAA